CUCUCCGCUACAGGAGUUUUAACAAACUGAUAGUAACGGCAACAGCUUGAUUUUACCUUCUGCUGUUACAGACCAGUGUCAUUUUACUUAUUAUAUCCUAAACUUUUACUGUUCCUUGUAUUGUCAUGGCUGACAGGGCGGACGGAGGAGCUCUCAUCACCUCUAAGAGGAGGCAGCAGCCGGCGAGGAGGACGAGGCGACACAUCCCGAGGAAGAGCUGCAGCAGCCGGGUGAGUUUGGAGAAAGUUCUUGGCAUCAGCACAGUCAGCAGCAGUGGUUUGACCUCUGACCCCAACUCUGGACUCAUUGCCUACCCUGCAGGGUGUGUCAUUGUGCUGCUUCAGCCAAAGACCAACAGACAGACUCACAUCAUCAACGCAUGCAGGAAGCCCUUCACCGCCGUGGCCUUCUCGCCUGAUGGGAAACACCUGGUCACUGGAGAGAGUGGUCACAUGCCCUGCGUACGAGUGUGGGAGGUUGAUGGCGGCGGUGGUCAGGUGGCAGAGGUGCAGUCUCAUAAAUACGGCAUUUCCUGCGUGGCGUUCUCCUCCAACAGCACCUACAUUGUGUCGGUGGGAUUCCAGCACGACAGAACCGUCAGCGUCUGGGACUGGAAGAAAGGCUCCGUCAUCGCCUCCAACAAAGUGUCCAGCAGAGUCCUCUCCGUCUCCUUCUCUCAGGACAACAGUUACUUCGUCACCGCAGGAAACAGACACGUGAAGUUUUGGUACCUGGACGCCUCCAAAGAGCGGCGGGUGAACAGCACUGUCCCUCUGAUCGGUCGGUCGGGGCUGCUAGACCACCAUAAGAACAGUGUGUUCUGUGGCGUGGCGUGUGGGCGGGGCCUCCUGGCGAGCAACACCUACUGCAUCACCAGCUGCGGUCUGCUGUGUCUGUUCAACAGCAGCCGACACCUGGAGGCCUGGGUCAGCCUGAAGGUGUCAGCGGCGAGCUGCCUGGCGGUCAGCAAGGACUUCAUCUUCUGUGGAUGUUCAGACGGGGUGAUUAGAGUGUUCAGGCCGCCGGACCUGCAGUACGUCACCACGCUGCAGCGGCCGCACCGCCUCGGCGUCGACCUCGCUCGGAGCGCCCACCACGGCCCUCUGCCUGCCAGCUCCGAGGCUCAGUAUCCCGACAUGCUGGCUCUGACCUUUGACCCCAGAGGAAAACACCUGGCCUGUGUGUACAACGACCACAGUGUGUACGUGUGGGACGUUAAAGACGUGAGGGAUGUCAGGAAGCUGUACUCGGCUCUGUACCACAGCAGCUGUGUGUGGAGCGUGGAGGUGUAUCCGGAACUGCAGGACCCGUCUCAGGCCUGCCUGCCUGAGUCGUCCUUCCUCACCUGUUCGUCUGACAACACCAUCCGGCUGUGGAACACCAACCCCUCCACCAGAAACGGGAACCUCUACAGCCAAGACCUGCUGAGGAUCCUGUAUGUGGGGGAGAACAUGCAGCACCUGCAGGGGGAGAGGGGGGAGGCAGCAGGGGCUGAUGGGAAGGCAGGGGUUCGAAUCCUGGGAGUCAGUCCAGAUGGACAGCACCUGGCUGCGGGGGAUCGCUGUGGAAACCUGCGGAUCUUCGGUCUGCAGUUUCUGGAUGAACUGGUGAAAAUCGAAGCUCACGACUCGGACGUGUUGUGUCUGGAGUUUUCUCCCCUGUCCACAGGUGUGAAGCUGUUGGCUUCAGCCAGCAGGGAUCGGCUGAUCCACGUCUUCAACCUGGAGAGAAACUACAGUCUGGAACAAACUCUGAGCGACCACUCAGCCUCCAUCACUGCAGUUAAAUUUACAGGUGAGAAUCCAGAGGUCCGAAUGGUGAGCUGCGGAGCCGACAAAAGCAUUUACUUCUGCACGGGCGAGCAGACAGUGGACGGUUUGACGUUCUCCAGGAGUCACCAUGUGGUGGAGAAGACCACCCUGUACGACAUGGAUCUGGACUCGUCCAGGACUCACGUCGCCAUAGCGUGUCAGGACCGAAAUGUCAGAGUGUACAACGUGGAAACGGGGAAACUGAAGAAGUGUUUGAAAGGAUCGAGCAGUGAUGAAGGCUCCCUGCUGAAGGUCCAGAUGGAUCCUUCAGGGUCGUUCUUCGCCACCAGCUGCUCCGAUAAAAACAUCACCAUCUAUGACUACGAGUCAGGAGAGUGUGUCGCCACCCUGUUCGGACACUCUGAGAUCGUCACCUGCAUGAGGUUCAGUCAGGACUGCAGACACCUGAUCUCCGUGUCAGGAGACAGCUGUGUGUUCGUGUGGAGGUUGGACCCUCACAUGACCAGCACCAUGAGGAAGAGGCGGGGCCUCAGAGCGGCGCAGGACACCUGCAGCCAGAAGCAGACGAACAUCAGGAGGGAGACCUUCAUCACGAUGCCUUCAGCGCCUCUGCUUCAGGUGCUGGAAGAGGAGCAGGAAGAGUCAGACCUCAAGACUCCAGGAAAACUGGGCCCAGGUCCUGAUGAGGAGGAGGUGGUCGUUAAAUCACCUGAAGUCACUUCGCUGCUCCACACCAACGGGAAGCUCCCCACAUGGUUCAGAAAGCUGGCUCAAGGCGAAGACGCCUCUGUUCAGUCAGACGCUGAGCCUCGUCGGGUACGGAGCCGGUGGGCGGAGCAGCCAAACACUCUGAUCGUCUGUGCCAACUCCACCCCGAGCCCCACCAGGAGUCAGGACGAAGACGAGGAGGAGGAGGAAGACUUUCACGUUCAGAGUCUGGAGAGGCUGCUGGCAGAUGAUGAGGAGGAGGGGGUGCUGCAGACAGCAGGUGAAGGCAACACGUUCAUCGUCCCCUCGGACUCGAGCUCUGCACUUCCUGUUUUCAGAGUCGAGGGUGUCUCCUGUUCUCAGCUGGAGACCAGCGUUCAGGGGGCGGAGCCUGUGUGGAGGACUCAGCUGAGUCCGGACUCUGCGUGUUCUGAAGGGUCCACAGGAAGUCUGGAGCAGCAGCACGACGCCGACACGGACUCUCUGAGUCAGGGCAGCUCUGUGGGCAGUUUGGGUCUAGAGGACGACGAGGACAGUAACUCUGUGAAGAACCACUUUGAGACUCUGGUCUCGAGUUUGGAAGAACGCUUCGACACCGACCCGACGAGCCUGCAGCCUCCGGAGGAAAAACACUUCCUGAACCCUCGACUCAGCAUCUCCACCCGCUUCCUGUCCCGCUUCCAGGACCGAGUCAGGGCGUGGCCGGUCCGAGCCCCGCCCCCCAUCUCCGUCCCACGCAGGAUCUCAGAGGAGAGCAAUGUCAGAUCGGUGAGGUCCAAGUCCAGCUGCGUCGUCAUCGCUGCCUCUGAAGGUUCGACCUCCACCGGCAGCUCUGCAGCCCUCCCCUCCAGGACUCUGAUGGACAACAACAGCAUCUCUGAGGCUUCAGUCCUGCAGGAACCAGCACAGAUCUUCUACAUGGAGACGUCUGGAUCGAGUCGGGACACCCCCACCUCCAUCACCACCUCCUCCUCCCUGGAAGAGAACAAGGAGAACCUCUCCUCCUCCUCAAACCUCCACCCUGCAGAGGUCUCCUGUGUUUCAGGUGGUCCAAACCUCAACACCAGUAAAACAGAAGACCCCCAGGACCAGACCAGCAGCCCCCAUAAACUGGCCACGCCCACUCUGGUGAUGUCACAGGACAGGUGCAGGGGGUGGAGCAGCAGCACGGAGGAGACUAUGAUACAAGGGCCCGCCCUUUUCACCACACCCACCACCUCUGCAGCUGUGGAGGGGGCGGGUCCUGGUGUGGAUGAGACUGUAAUCCAGACUGAUCCGGAUGUGUCUUCAGCAGAUGCCCCGCCCAUGUCCUCUUCCUCGCCGCCAGCAGAGAGGCUCCUCCCCCCUCCAUCAGAUGACUUCACCGGUCAACCAGGUGGAGAUGAGGAUGAGGAGUCGGUCAGAGUUCAGCAGGUCGUCAACGAGCUUCGUCAGGCAGCGAGGCGGGCCGUCCACCUGUUCCAGCAGCUUGGCGAGUCGGAACGGACCCAGCAGAACUUAUCUGUCCUGCAGGAAGCAUUCAGCGCCGUUAACUCGGAGCUGCAAGCAGUAAUGCAGCCAGAUGUUGGGCGGAGCAGCGGUGGUGGGCGGAGCAGCGGUGGUGGGCGGAGCAGCGGUGGUGGGCGGAGCAGCAGCGACCCCUCUGGUUCGCUGCAGGAUGACAGGACAAGGUCUCUGCUGGAGAAAUACUCAGACCUGCUGCUCCAGAUGACCCUGAACAAAAUGAACCGGAUCUGA